UUUAAUCAAAACAUAUUUAACCCUGAAUAUUUCAACUAGGGUUUUUGGUUCUCUCUUUCACCACCUCACACAACUCUCGCACGCAAGCAAGAACCAAAAGGCGCGGCAACCUCGCCACCGCGCCGUUCCUUUCUGUUCUCAACAUACCAACAUGGCAAGAGGUUUGAAGAAACAUUUGAAGCGGCUCAAUGCUCCAAAACAUUGGAUGCUUGAUAAGCUUGGUGGUGCCUUUGCCCCAAAGCCGUCAUCUGGACCACACAAAUCUAGGGAGUGCCUUCCUUUGAUCCUUAUCUUGAGGAACAGACUAAAAUAUGCUCUCACAUAUAGAGAAGUAAUUGCCAUCUUGAUGCAGCGCCAUGUUCUAGUUGAUGGCAAAGUUAGGACAGACAAGACAUAUCCUGCUGGUUUUAUGGAUGUCGUAUCUAUUCCCAAGACCAAUGAAAACUUCCGUCUUCUCUAUGACACAAAAGGUCGAUUCCGUCUCCACUCUGUAAGGGAUGAUGAAGCAAAGUUUAAGCUUUGCAAGGUACGAUCUGUUCAGUUUGGUCAGAAAGGGAUACCCUAUCUGAACACCUAUGAUGGGCGUACAAUCCGCUAUCCUGAUCCCCUUAUUAAGGCCAAUGACACAAUCAAACUAGACUUGGAACAGAACAAGAUAACCGAUUUCAUCAAAUUUGAUGUGGGGAAUGUUGUUAUGGUGACUGGAGGAAGGAACAGAGGUCGUGUUGGUUUCAUCAAGAACAGAAAGAAACACAUGGGCACUUUUGAGACGAUUCAUGUCCAGGAUGCUGCUGGUCAUGAGUUUGCAACCCGAUUGGGUAAUGUCUUCACCAUUGGCAGAGGGCCGAAACCUUGGGUGUCUCUUCCCAAAGGCAGAGGUAUCAAAUUGACCGUCAUUGAGGAGGCUAGGAAGCGGAUGGCUGCUUCUCAACAGGCUGCAGCUGCUUAAAUUUGAUUGCAUUAUAUUGCUGGACAAUUUAGCCAUUUAGAUUGUUUGCGACCUUUUUGCGGCUAAUAUGACAUGACAAUUUUAUUUUUAAUACAUCACAAUUAUGAACUAGGCUUGAUGUGAGUUUAAUUUUGUUUGGAUGGCAUUUCUUGUGCUCAAUGUAGCUUCAGGUUGCAAUUUUAUGCUCUCCCAUUUUGCUUCAAGUUA